AUGGCGGAUCAAAGCGAGAUCACCCUGGAGCACCUGGAGACACGGAAGAGCAAGAGGUCAAAAGACUCAAGCUCAUCUAUGGAGUCCCGUCUCGAUGGGAUCGAGAAGGCCAUGGCCAAGAUAUUGGCCAAGAUUGAGGAUUGGGAUCAGUCUCACAGGGAGGUGAGCACCCUUGACAACACGGUGACCAGGAUGGAGGUGGCGGUAGCGGAUGUCAGGGACCGACUUGACAUCGUGGAGCAAGGUUUGGAGGAGCUAGGAUUGGAGGGACAAUCCGAAUCGCUCAAGGAGUCCAUACUGAGCACCAUCAGCCCUACCAUCGAGGCACAACGUGUUGAGAACGUUGCUUUCCAAGACCGGGUCUUGGGGGAGCUAACAAAACUCCAAGGACAAAUGGAGGAUUACCGCGUCGGUCUGGAGGAGACCAAGGCGGAUUGGGCUAUAUGCAAGCGUGCAGUGGCCAAUGGGGGCGCCGUCGGAGCUGGAAUGAUGGCAACACCAAGGGUGGAUACCUCCAAACCGAAGGAGUUCGAUGAAGAUCUCCUCUUCAACUUCACCGAUGGUCUCAAGUCUUGGGUGGCUCAAGAACUCAAGCGUCGUGGAGUCAACGACAUCUCCACCGCCCUGACUGUGGCGGAAACCUUAGAAGAAUUUGAGUAUCAUAAGAGUGACAACUCUUCAAAGCCCAAGUCUUCAAAGGAUAAUUACAGCAAGGGUGGGGGAGCGAAGGGGUUCAAGCCCUCACAGUACAAGGACCGACGAGACAAGCCUUCAACAUCAAAGGAGGGCAAGAGGGACUACUCUCAAGACAAGAAGCCAAAGGAUGCCUGCUUCCUUUGUAACGGACCGCAUUGGGCUAGAGAUUGUCCUAAGCGGAAGGCCCUCAACGCUAUGUUGGAGGAGAAGGAAGAAGAGGCCACACGGCUAGGGAUUCCUUUUAAGAAGGGUCAAGGAUGGCUGAAGACUGUGAAUUCUAAAGCCAAACCCCUUUAUGGCGUAGCUCACGGGGUGGAGCUACAACUUGGCACGUGGAAAGGUACGGUGGAUUUCUCUGUCGCUCCCAUGGAUGACUUCAACAUCGUAUUGGGGAUGGAAUUCUUGAGACAGUUCAAUGUAGUGUCUCUUCCUCACUACAACUCGGUGUGUAUCUUGGAGGGCGGUCCAUGCAUGAUACCCACCAUGUCCAAGCCAAACACCACCCAGCUUCUAUCUGCCAUGCAAUUCAAGAAAGGAUGGAAGAAGGGCGAGGUGUCUUAUUUGGCUUCGAUGGAGGAAGGUGAAGUGAAGAUUUCCUCCCCUCCACCCAAGGAGAUCCAAAAGGUCCUCAGGGACUAUGAGGAUGUCAUGCCGCCAGAAUUGCCCAAGCAACUACCACCUAGGAGAGAGGUGGAUCAUCAGAUCGAGAUGGAACCCGGCGCUAAACCACCCGCCAAAGCCCCUUAUCGCAUGUCGCCUCCAGAGCUUGAAGAACUAAGGAGGCAACUUAAGGAGCUACUUGAUGCCGGAUUCAUCCAACCCUCUAAGGCACCAUAUGGGGCACCUGUGUUGUUCCAAAAGAAACAUGAUGGGUCGUUGCGGCUGUGCAUCGACUACCGAGCUCUAAACAAGGUAACCAUAAAAAACAAGUACCCUAUUCCUUUAAUUGCUGAUUUGUUUGAUCAAUUGGGCCAUGCAAAGUACUUCUCCAAGCUUGAUCUAAGAUCGGGAUAUUAUCAAGUAAGGAUUGCGGAAGGAGAUGAAGCCAAAACAACUUGUAUCUUCCAUCCCUAUCUUGAUCAAUUUGUGGUAGUCUAUUUAGAUGAUAUCGUCAUCUAUAGUUCUACCCUUGAAAAACAUGUGGAGCAUUUAAGGGUUGUUUUCCGUGUCCUAAAGGAAAACCAACUCUAUGUCAAGAAGGAGAAGUGCUCAUUUGCUCUAAACGAAGUCCAUUUCCUUGGCCAUAAAAUCCAAGGUGGAAAACUCAGCAUGGAAGAGGGGAAAAUUGAGGCAAUCAAGAAGUGGGAUCCUCCCACUAAGGUUACCGAGCUUCGAUCCUUCCUUGGGCUUGUCAACUAUUACAGGAGAUUUAUAAAAGGAUACUCCACAAGAGCAUCCCCCCUCACCGACUUGCUCAAGAAGAACAGGGCCUGGGAGUGGUCAUCAAGGUGUCAGGAAGCCUUUGACGAUCUGAAGACAGCCAUCACGGAGGAACCGGUCAUGGCCCUACCAGAUUGUACCAAGCCUUUUGAGGUACAAUCAGAUGCAUCAGAUUUUGCUAUAGGGGGAGUUCUCAUGCAAGAGGGACAUCCCAUUGCAUAUGAGAGUCGCAAACUCAAUGAGACUGAAAGGAGAUACACCGUGCAAGAGAAGGAGAUGACGGCCAUCAUCCAUUGCCUCAGAGUUUGGCGACACUAUUUGCUUGGCUCCCGUUUUGUAGUCAAGACAGAUAACAUUGCCACUAGUUACUUCCAAAGUCAGAAGAAACUAAGCCCAAAGCAAGCUAGGUGGCAAGACUUCUUGGCAGAAUUUGACUUUGUCUUGAAGUACAAACCGGGCAAGGCCAACCUCGUUGCUGAUGCAUUAAGUAGGAAGGGGGAACUUUCUGCUAUCACUCAAGCUCAAGGGGAGCUACUUGAUAUGAUCCAUGAAGGCAUGGAGCAUGAUCCCUUAGCCAAGAACUUGGUGGAGAAUCAAAGUCCUGCAGGAUUACUAGAACCACUACCCAUUCCUUCUCACCCAUGGGAAAGCAUGAGCAUGGAUUUUAUAGUGGCUCUACCUAAAUCCGAGGGUUGCGGUACCCUCAUUGUGGUGGUGGAUCGAUUCUCUAAGUAUGCCACCUUCAUCGCGGCUCCUAAGGAUUGCUCAGCUGAAGAAACUGCAAAGUUAUUCUUCAAGCAUGUGGUGAAGUAUUGA